AUGGAAGCUUGGAAUAGGUUACGAAACAUAUUCCAAGUCAACAAGAUUUCCAGUGUGGUUACCCUUGAAGUUGAGUUCUCCAAUACCAUAAUGGAGAAUUUUCCUAAUGUUUCGGCUUACUGCCAACGCCUCAAGUCUCUUGUCGAUCAGCUAAAGAAUGUUGGUGCUCCUACUCGUUAUACGUUAACUCUUGAGGAAGAGAGUUUCACUAAGGGGGUUGCUACAUGGUUAGAAUCUUCCAUGGUCACAUCCUUGCAAUCAGAGGAUUCCUUUGUUCCCAAGUCCAACUUGGAUCACAUGCAUAACAGGGGGAAGCAAUCUGGAAAUUGGAAAACUGGCCGAAAAUCAAGCAACGAUGGAGGUUGUGGUUCCGGUAUGGGUCAAGGCAGUAGUGGUGGAAGUCGUGGAAGUACACAAUAG